ACACUCGAAACACAAAAGGUGGCUGUGAAAAGAGAGAGAAAGAGGAGAGAGAGAGAGAGUUUUUUUUUUCCCUGUUUCGAGACGUUAUCGGUAUCGGAUUUCAAAUUUCUAUUUGGCCGGAGUUUGGGAACUCCGUUCACGUCCGGUUAGGGUUUCUUUUUUUGAAUAAUACAGAGAGAAAAAAGAUAACCGUUACUGAGUAAGAGUUUUUGUCUUCUUGAAAAUUUCGGAUUUGAAAAAUUCGAUUAACCGGAGAUUGGUACUCCUGGCCUAGUACGGGGCAGGAGUUUUCACUGUUACGUAGAUUCGCUGUUCAACUUAGGGUUUUUUUUUGGGGGGAGAGAAAGGAGUAGUCUAUGAAAAUUUCUGAAAAGGGGUUUCCGUGGGCUUAUGAAGUUGAAUUUUCGAUCUGUGAUUUUGGGUUGUAAAAAAGGCUUACUCUGGGAAGUUUCGUAAUGUUUACACCGCAGAAGGUGUGGUCGGCUUGGUCUCUCUCGCCAAGAACUGGGGGACGUAAGAGUGGAACUGGGUCAGGGUCGAACCUGAACUCCGGAGAUGCGGCGAAGGGCAAAGGUAUUGCUUUUCUUGAGUCUGGGUCUCCGCCUUCGGGAUUGGUAGUUCAGGAUGGAGGAAAUACGCUGAUGGGUUCGGGCGAAGCUGCCACGGACCGGGAUGGCAUGGCUCAGAGAAUUUCCCAAAUCGAAAAUGAGCUUUUUGAAUAUCAAUAUAAUAUGGGCCUACUCCUGAUUGAGAAGAAGGAGUGGAAUUCUAAGUAUGAAGAACUUAGACAGUCAUUGGCAGAAGCUAAGGAUGCUCUUAAAAGAGAGCAAGCAGCACAUUUAAUUGCAAUGUCUGAUGUUGAGAAGCGGGAGGAGAAUUUAAGGAAGGCCCUGGGGGUUGAGAAACAGUGUGUCCGUGAUUUAGAGAAGGCUUUGCGUGAGAUUCGUGCAGAAAAUGCAGAAAUUAAGUAUACGGCUGAAUCUAAGUUGUCUGAGGCAAAUGCUUUAGUUACUAGCAUAGAGGAGAAAUCUCUAGAGCUAGAAGUUAAGUUGCGUGCAGCCGAUGCCAAGCUUGCUGAGGUUAACAGAAAGAGUUCAGAGAUAGAGAGGAAAUCACAAGACUUCGAGGCUCGAGAAAGCACAGUUCGAAGGGAGCGUUUAUCAUUUGUUGAGGAGCAAAAGGCACAUGAAAGUAAUCUAUCGAAGCAGAAGGAGGAUUUGCGAGAAUGGGAAAGAAAACUUCAGGAGGGAGAGGAAAGGCUAGCCAAGGGACAGAGACUUCUUAACCAAAGAGAGGACAGAGCAAAUGAGAGUGAUAGGAUUUUGAAGCAGAAACAGAAGGACCUUGAAGAUGCUCAGAGGAAGAUUGAUGAUGCCAAUGCAACUUUGAAGGGGAAAGAAGAUGAUUUUAGCAGUAGAAUAGGAAGUCUAACCAUAAAAGAGAAGGAAUAUGAAGCUUUGCGAAUAAACCUAGAGAUGAAAGAGAAGGAAUUUUCCCUUUUAGAGGAAAAGCUGAAUGCUAGGGAAAGAGAUGAAAUUCAGAAGCUUACUGAUGAGCAUAAUGCAAUUUUGGAAGAAAAGAAACAUGCAUUUGAAUUGGAAGUAGAACAAAAGAGAAAAUCGCUAGAUGAGGAAUUGAAAAGCAAGGUGGUUGAUGUAGAGAAAAAGGAAGCUGAAAUUAAUCACAUGGAGGAGAAACUUGCAAAACGGGAGCAGGCUUUGGAAAAGAGAUGGGAGAAGUUUAGGGAGAAAGAAAAGGAUCAUGAAACAAAGUUGAAAACCCUGAAGGAAAGGGAGAAGACUGUUAAAUCUGAGGAAAAGAACUUAGAGAAGGAGAAGAAGGAAUUGCUUGCUGACAAGGAGGAAUUGCUUAGGCUCACGUCAGAAGUUGAGAAGAUAAGGACGGAAAAUGAAGAACAACUGCGGAAUAUCAUUGAAGAGAAAGAAAAGCUUAAAGUGAGCAAAGAAGAGAGGUCAGAAUAUGGGCGUUUGCAAUCAGAAUUGAAGCAGGAAAUUGACAAGUACAUGUUUCAGAAAGAAUUGCUUCUGAAGGAAGCUGAGGAUCUAAAGCAGCAAAAGGAAAGUUUUGAGAGGGAGUGGGAAGAACUGGAUGAAAGAAGAGCAGAGAUUGAUAAAGCACUGAAAAAUGUGAGUGAACAGAAGGAAGAGUUAGAAAAACUGAAACAAGUUGAAGAAGAGAGGUUGAAAAAUGAAAAAGCUGCUGUACAAGACUACAUAAGAAGGGAGCAGGAGGAUCUCAAGUUGGCAAAGGAAUCAUUUGCAGCCAACAUGGAGCAUGAGAAGUCCUUAAUAGCUGAGAAAGAACAGAGUGAGAGAAGCCAAAUGCUUCAUGAUUAUGAGAUGCGGAAAAGAGAACUCGAAACUGAUAUGCAGAAUCGACUUGAGGAGAUGGAAAAGCCAUUACGUGAAAAGGAAAAUUCUUUUGAGGAAGAGAAGAAAGGAGAACUAGAUAAUAUUAAUUACUUGAGAGAAGUAGCCAGAAGAGAGAUGGAAGAGUUGAAAUUUGAAAGGCACAAAAUUGAGAAAGAAAAACUAGAAGCUGACGCAAAUAAAGAGCAUCUUGAACGGCAGAGAGUUGAGAUACGAAAAGACAUUGAUGAGCUUUUCGACCUUAGCAAGAAGCUUAAGGACCAGCGUGAACUAUUUAUCCAGGAGAGAGAACGCUUCCUUUCAUUUAUUGAUAAACUCAAGAAUUGCAGUAAUUGCAAUGAGAUUAUUUCUGAAUUCAUGCUCUCUGAUUUACAGCCUUUUGCUGAAAUUCAGAAUGCGGAAGUACCCCUCCUUCCAAAACUGGGUGAUUAUACAAAGGGAGGUGUAAUUGAUGAUCUGGUUCCUUCUAAGAGGCAGAACAAUGAUUUAUCUCCAAAUGUUGAUUCAAAAUCUCCAAUAUCUGGUGGGACUAUUUCUUGGCUUCGUAAAUGCACAACUAAGAUUUUUAAGUUCUCCCCCGGUAAACAAAAUGAGUCUAUCUCUGGUCGAAAUUUGGCUGAGGAAACAUUUGAUGGAGAGGAGAUUAUGGAAGAGCCAUCCAAAAAAUUACAGGCCACUGAGAUUGAGGCAGAGCUCUCUUUUGCUGCUGCAAGUGAAUCUUUUGAUGUCCAGAGGAAAGAAUCUGACAACAGCUUAAGAGAGUUGGAAGCUGGACAAGAUCUGUCCGCUGAUCAUGAGAGCAACAUCAAUAGUAAGGGGCUAGAAACUCAAGAAGAUUCUCAGCCUUCUGAUUUGAAAGGUGGUCCAAACAAGUCUCGGGGAAGAGGGAAGGCAGCUAGAGUUGCCAGAACACGAUCUGUGAAAGCAGUUGUUGAAGAUGCUAAGGCUAUACUUGGAGAAGAUUCAGAACUAAAUGAGAGUGGGUAUCAAAAUGGGACUGCUGAGGAUUCCUCCAAUACAAAUGCUGAAAACCAGGGUGGGCUCAGUGUUGAUGAUAAGAAAACUAAUGUACGAAAGCGAGGUCGUCAUCAGACAUCUCAAAUCACAGUCAGUGAGCAUGACAGGAUUGACAGUGAAGGACGUUCAGAAAGUGUCAUGGGAGGGCGGCGGAAGAGAAGGCGAGACAAAGUUCCACCAGUUGAGCAAGCUCCAGCUGGACGGCGUUAUAAUCUUCGCGGAUCGAAAAAUCAAUUUACAACUCCACCAGCUAGAGCUUCAGUUGACCAUAGCAAAGAAAACCAGGAAGAAGAUGUUGUUGGGGGUACGGAAGAAGCAGGUGUUUCUUCUAAAGCUGCCCCAGCUUCUUCAGCAGGAGUUGCCAGUGAGAAUGGUGGAAGUAUGCGCCUGUUGCGGUGUACGAAUGUUGGAGACACUGGGGAUAUAAUAAAAAACGUGGCUGAGACUAGAGCUUUGAGUGAAGAGGUGAAUGGAACACCUGAAAGAGCGGAGAAGUAUUCCAACAGAGACGAGUGCCAGAGUGAAUCCCACGGGGAAGAUGCUAGUCAUGUCGAAGACGAGGACGAGGACGAAGAUGAAGAGCCCUUACGUCCUGGUGAAGCCUCAAUUGGAAAGAAGCUGUGGACUUUUCUUACCACAUAGCCGCAGAGCUUUGGUUGCCGAUAAGUACGAAUCUUGACUGAGUCAACUUUUUUAGGCAUGUAUGCUUUUUAGGAGCCUACCUUAUGUGUAGUAGUGUGUAUUAACAUUUUGAUUUAGCGCUAGAACCAUGGGAAUAUUUGAGGCAGGGGUAAUUGGGUUUUUCUUUGCCCCUCCAUAUCUUCUGUAGGAGUUAGGAGUAUUGGGUUAUUUUAUGAUUUUUUUUUCUUCGUAAAAAUUAGACAUUUUAUGUAAGCAGUAAACCGGUGCAUAUUUGUCACUGGAACGCGUCUUCCUCUCCUUCCCACAUUGUUUGUAUCAAAUGUUUUGUAUCUCUUUUGUUCUGGAAUGAUUGCUUGAACUUGAUGAUC